AUGGCAUUUUCAGCGCGUGAAGACAUAAAUGACAUACUCAGAAGAAUUGGAUUCAAAAAGAGAACGCCCAUACAGGAGAAGAUCCUGCCGCUCACCGAGCACAGAGACGUGAUGGGGCUGUCGGAGACCGGAACAGGAAAGACGGCGUGCUUUGUCAUUCCCCUGGUGGAGGAGCUGGCAGAGGACCCCUUUGGAGUGCACUCCUUGAUACUCACGCCCACGCGCGAGCUGGCUCUCCAGACAAAGGAAAAGGUUGAUGUGAUAGGCAACUACUUUGACAUCAAGUGUGAGCUCAUCCACGGAGGGAUGGACACGCAUAGGCAGGUGGCGCGCCUCCAAGCAAAGCCGCACAUUGUGAUCGCCACGCCAGGAAGGCUUGCAGACAUGCUUUGCUCUGAAGAGAACAUACGCGUGUUCAAAAGGAUAAAGAAGGUCAUUCUGGACGAGGCAGACCUGCUUCUGAAUGGAGACCAGUCGCUUUCUGUGUACACCAUACUGAGCAGCCUUCUGAAGCGCACGCCAGACGUGCAGAUGCUUUUGUUUUCGGCAACAGACAUUGUCCCGGCAGUCCCUGUUAAGAUCCGAGAAAAAGCCAAAAAAGACGCACCGCAUCCCGAUCUUGGCCAGACUGCCCGCGUAGACGAGCAGGAAAAAAGCGCAGACAGCGCACAGCGCGCCGCCCUGGAGACACAGGACGAGCACCCAGGCGCAGAAAGCCCAGAAAACGCGGACACCCAAAAAGGCUGCCAGGCAGCCCUAGACGACGUGAUCGAGAAAACCAAAUGCCCUGCUCUUUGGAAAAUAAUAUAUGGAAGGGACAUGAGAAAAAUAGACACGAGGGCUGGCGCAGUCCCCAAGACUAUUGUGCAGGAGUACGCAGUGGUCCACCGGCAGGCAAAGGAGGCGCAUCUGGCACGUCUUCUGCAGGAGGACUACAAAAACACAAAGGUCAUGGUUUUUAUGAACAAAGCCGAGCACUGCGCGGUUUUGUCGGAGGUUAUGCAGGAGCUUGGAAUAAAUGCCGUGGGCCUAAGCCGAUACACGGACAACAAAACCCGGCACGCGUCCUUCUACAAGUUUAGGUGUGGCCUGGCAAAGGUUCUUCUCACGACAGACGUUCUUUCAAGAGGGCUAGACAUAAGCGACGUUGGGUGCGUUAUAAACUACGACCUCCCAAACAGCUUCACGGACUAUGUCCACCGCAUAGGAAGAACUGGCCGAAUAUCGCAGAGCGGGUAUGCGCUUUCUUUUGUGUCGGCAGGAGACAUGGCAAUUCUUCGAGACAUACAGGCGCAGACAGCGUCGGAAAUCAAGGAAAGAGAGCUGGAGCCGUUUACCUCGGCCCGGCUUAUGAACAAAAUCUCAACACAAAAAGAGUUUGUGAUGUCGCGAAUGAGGCAGAAAAUCAUGUAG